AUGCCGCCAGCAAGAGGAGGACGGGGUGGUGGCCGCGGAGGUUCGCGCGGAGGUGCCUUCAAUCCCGCGCGAGGAACCGUGACGAUUGCGGGAACGGAGCUCAACUGGGAUCUUACUGGCCUCGACAUUCAGAAGGGCCCUGCCGAGCGCUUUCCAGAAGCACCACCUCCCCAAGCGCCUCCACCAACCGACGAUGAGCUAGCCAUGGUAAAGCACCACCUCGCAGUCCGCGACCGCAUCCACGAAGGCCCCUUCUACACGAUCCUCAACGACGGCAUGAAGAACGGGCUAAAGCGCAAGGCCAACGAGCCCGCCCCCACCGAAGCCUCGCUCUUCGACCCCUUCACCGGCAACCAGACCUACUCCGCGAAAUACCUAAAAGUGCGCCGGCGCCUCCCAAAGCUAGACGCGCGACCAUACGGCAAGUUUCCACGAAACCAUCACACGACCGUCAAUAUGGAACUAACACCCCACGCAGUCGUCGACCUCUUCCCCACCGAACUCCGCACAACCCUCACCGGCACAACCAGCACCACCUCCUCCAAUACAAAAAAGCCCGCCCGCCGCACCCUCGCCGUAACAAAAGUAAGCAGCGUCUCCCAAAUCGAGCGCCUGAUAAAAUCCGAACAAGAGCGCACCAACGAAGCGGAAGCGCGCGCCGAAGAAGACGACGACGACGCCGAAGCCGAAGACGACGAGAUCGACGAGGAGAAACCUGAUGCCGUUGAUGAGGAGGAUAAUUGGAGCGCCGCCAGUACGGAUUCAGAGGAGAGCGACGAUGAUUAUAAUGCGGAGCAGUAUUUUGACAAUGGCGAGGAUGAGGAUAUUGAUGAUGCGGAUCCGUAUGAGAAUACUUAUGAAUAA